CGAUCCGCACACGCACAGCAAUAUGGUUUGGACUCGUCCAACCAGCGUUCCACUGCCGACAAUUUGGCACGAAUUCCAGGCCCCGGAUGUGGGCAACACCGAUAACCUAGUUAGCUAUCGAGUGCAAGAUCUAACCCCGGAUCGAUACGAAGAUAUGGUACGGCAUUUUCUGAACCACUAUCUGGGGGAGGAACCGGAAUGCGUUAGCAAAGGAAUUUCCACUGACGCUCUCGCUCGGCAAGAGAUGACCCAGUAUUGGCGGCGAUGUUUCAGCCGAAACUUAACGCUGGUUUGCUACAAGGAAGAAUCCCGCCAAAUAGUCGGGGGAAACAUUCUCGACGUCAGAACCGUUCAAAGGGAGGCGGACGUGAUGAAGGUGGAGAGCGAAAAGUUAAAUGGAAUUUUCAUUAGCAACGAAUUUCUAACCGAUACGGUCGACCUGUUCGGGCGUUACGGCGUCCAGGAGUAUCUGACGGAUUACGGGAUGGCCGUUCAUCGGGAGUACCGGGGGAAAGGAAUCUGUCGGGAAAUGCUGCGAGCACGAAUUCCGCUGUGUAAGACGUUCGGGCUGAGACUUACUUCCACGAAUUUUACCAACCUCGGAGCGCAGGCGGUGGCUGCUAAACUUGGCUACCGAUGUGACCUAGAAAUGUCAUAUGAUGAACUGGCCAAACGAGGUCCAUUGUUCAGCUAUCCUGGAAUAAGUGCCAAAAGUACGAAGGUCAUGAGCUUGGUAAUUGAUUGAUGUUAUUGAUGACCAGCGAUGGUUGUUCCUGCUGAUAAGUUUCGC